GAUAUGUCAACUACCCUGUCAGCGCGUUUAUUCCCAGACCUUUGGCAAUACAGGCUACCAGCUGUACAAUGUGUGGAGCAUGUGUCAAGUGUAUGCAGACCGGAGAAGCCGAGAUGUGGGAAAAAUCAUUAUGAAGGAGAUUGUUUAGCAGAAGAGAAUUUAACAAGGAGGAAAAUGUUAUAACUGUGGUGGAGAUCAUGAAACGAAAUCAGAUAAAUGUACCAGGAGGAUGAAAGAGACCGAGAUUGCCAAAAUCUGGGCUGUUAAGAAACUCCUGUGCGGAGGCUGUUUAACGGGUAGAAAGAACGAGUAGCUCAAGAUGUUUCAUCAUGCUAGAGGCUAAGCAUACACCGCAACCUGCGGAGAGUUCCUAUCACCAGCCGGACACAGACAUUCUUCAUGUGAAGAGGGAGAAAUCUGUUACUUUUAUAGCAGUGGUGGUAAACGGACACUGCUCAAUUGGGGGAAGUGAAGUAUAGAAAUGUUGACAUAAAUUACAAGACUUUAACAUCCUAGUUCUGUCUGGUGCGAUCCUACCCUCGCAGGCCCCUGAGCCAUAACGUGGAGUUUUUGAAUGACACGAGGAGUGGGAUGUUUAUUACGUUUUUUUUAAUAAUACUUGUGGAUUAAUGUUUUUUUUUCCUUUCUCCGUAAUGGAGCAGUUUGUGGCGGCAAUACAACAAUAGUUUUGGUAUGCCAUAACGUUUCAGAGAAGAAGUGUUGGCACUUUUAUUUUGAAAUCCAUAACACUUCCGGGACUUGAACAGCGUAAUUCGAUUUGUGGCACUGAAAUGUUAUAUUGUAGUCGAAUUGUCUCAGAUUAAGAUUUACCGUGAGUUUUGACAAUACUUUUCCAUAUUAGUUUUAGACAAGACGUGACAAUGUCUCAAGAUUGGAUCGGUUAUAGCUAUGCUGCAUUGGUCUCGGCAGGAGGAAUCAUGGGUUAUGUAAAAGCAGGAAGUGUAACUUCACUGGUUGCGGGACUUUUCUUUGGGUUCCUAGCUGGACUUGGUGCCUACCUGAUGUCUCAGAAUCCUAAAGAUGUCAGGCUUUCUCUCGGUACCUCAGGAACACUGGCCAUUGUCAUGGGAAUGAGGUUUCUAAAUUCCUGGAAGUUCAUGCCAGCUGGUCUGAUGACAAUAGCAAGUUUCCUGAUGCUGGGGAAGACUGCAGUGGGGAUGUUCAAGAGACCACAUGAUUCUUAAAUGUGAAGAAUAUAGGAAUGUCACUGUUUUUCUAUCUGAUGACAUCUAGUGGCCCUUUCUGGGUACUUUAGAUGAUCACAGGUGUCUGCCAUUACCCCAGAUUCACCUUGUGGCUUUUUACCGGUAGGCUCUGAUGAAGGUCGAGUGACCGAAAGCUGACCCACAAUUAAAGAAAUGUGGAUCUGAUUGGAA